CUGUUCGUGGUUCUUGACAGCAAAAUGGCGACGGUUGACUACGAUGUGACUGCGGAUCCGGAGAUGGACUCACUCAGCGAUGAGGAGCUCGAAAGGGAAGCAGAGGGAUACAAAGAGCAGGGAAAUGCUUAUUACGUUAAGAAGGACUACUCUGAAGCAUUCAACUACUACACCAAGGCUAUUGAUGUGUGUCCAAAGAAUGCUAGUUACUAUGGCAACCGUGCAGCCACACUGAUGAUGCUGAGCCGCUACAGGGAGGCUCUGGAGGACUCCCAGCAAGCUGUGCGGCUAGAUGACGCCUUCAUGAAGGGUCACUUACGGGAGGGCAAGUGCCACCUGUUGCUCGGCAAUGCCAUGGCUGCCAGCCGCUGCUUCCAGAAGGUUCUGGAGCUGGAGGCCGACAACAGCCAGGCUCAGCAAGAACUAAAGAAUGCAGAGUCCAUUUUGGAGUACGAGCGAAUGGCGGAGAUCGGCUUUGACAAACGAGACUUCAGAAUGGUGGUGUUCUGUAUGGAUCGAGCGCUUGAGUCAGCCUCUGCAUGUCACAGAUUUAAGGUGUUGAAGGCGGAAUGCCUUGCGCUGCUCGGCCGCUACCCAGAAGCUCAGUGUGUUGCCAGUGACAUCUUGCGGAUGGACUCUACGAACGGUGAUGCCCUGUAUGUGAGGGGUUUGUGUUUAUAUUAUGAAGACUGUAUCGAUAAGGCUGUACAAUUCUUCAUUCAGGCACUGCGCAUGGCACCGGACCAUGAGAAGGCCCGUCUGGCCUGCAGAAAUGCCAAAGCUCUGAAAGCUAAGAAAGAAGAAGGAAACCAGGCGUUUAAAGAGGGCAAUUUCGAGGAAGCUUAUGAGCUCUACUCGGAGGCCCUGACCAUCGAUCCAAACAACAUCAAAACUAACGCUAAGCUUUACUGCAACCGAGCCACCGUCGGCUCCAAGUUAAAGAAACUGGAGCAGGCCAUAGAAGACUGCACAAAAGCCAUUAAACUGGAUGAAUCCUAUAUUAAAGCAUACUUACGAAGAGCCCAAUGUUAUAUGGACACAGAACAGUAUGAAGAAGCCGUGAGGGACUAUGAGAAAGUCUAUCAGACAGAGAAAACUAAAGAACAUAAGACUUUAUUGAAGAAUGCUCAGCUGGAACUGAAGAAGAGUAAACGGAAAGAUUACUAUAAAGUUCUAGGAGUGGACAAAAAUGCUACAGAAGAUGAGAUCAAGAAAGCGUACCGCAAACGAGCCCUUAUGCACCAUCCAGAUCGGCACAGUGGUGCAAGUGCCGAGGUACAGAAGGAGGAGGAAAAGAAGUUUAAAGAAGUGGGUGAGGCUUUCACUGUGCUCUCAGACCCCAAAAAGAAGUCUCGUUACGACAGCGGCCAUGAUCUGGAGGACGACGACAUGAACAUGGAUUUCGAUGCGAACAACAUUUUCAAAGCGUUCUUUGGUGGCCCUGGUGGUUUCAGCUUCGAAGCAUCUGGACCUGGAAAUUUCUUUUUCCAGUUCGGCUAACUGUCCAUCCUCUCGCAUGUAUGCAGCAGACCCAUACGGCCUCCAGAACCAACCCCAAUACAGACUCUCACCUGUCUCUCUCACACACACACACACACACACACACACACACACACACACACACACACAACUGCAUGUUGUACUGCAGUGUGAAGGGUCUAGGACCAGCAUAUGGUCAUUUGUUUUAAAACAGUAAUUUUAAAAAUAAUACAGUGAAGAGUCCAGCAGUCCCCUCUGACUCCUUUCUAUUGCAAAUUCUCCUCCCCCACCCCACGGUGGCAUCAUGAACAGCUGCACCUGUGUUUCAGUAUUUUUCUUUAAAAUUAAAAAUGGUCCGAGUUAUUCACUUGCUCACUCUAGCAAAAUGGCUUUUCCUAGUUUGUUUGGUUGUGGAACCAAGAUUGGGUUUCCAGAUUGUCAAAGGUGCUAAAGCAUACUGACUGAAAAUCUCAUUCCCAGCAUUCAUUCCAUCAGUGCAGGAUUUCUGUUCUUGCACCACACUAUGCUGAGUUCAGUGCCAGUUAUUACCAAGGUUUCUGGUGUGAGCCUUGUGAUGCCAGUAGGAAGGAAUGUAUAACAAGUACCUCAUCUCCAAAUGUACAAAAAUGUUCCUAGAGUUCACUUUUUAUCUUCUCAAUUGCUGAUACCAUUAUAUGCCAAAUUAUAUAGUGAAGAGAAAAAGAAAAAAAAAGCCCAAUUAGUUGGGUUGAAGUCCCAGCUUCUUGAACUACUGCAUACACAAGGGUGAAGAGUACAAGUCUGGUGUUCCAGUUCCCUCUAGUGGUUCCCUCCAAACAACAUACAAACUUUACAUGUCAACAUCACCAUCCAACCAUUGCUGCAUUGUACAUUUUACUGGAAUGUAAAGUGUUUCUCUUCGUGUUGAUAGUUGAUGACUUUUUUUUUUUAAACUAGUGUGUUCAUUUUUUUGAUAUCAAUAUUUAUUGUAAAUUCUCAAGCAGGAUGUGAGCCGUCGAGAUGAUGUGUGAAUGUUCAUUAGCUACACGAGGAUCUUUAGAAGGUAAUCUGUGAGGCACGAGGCACUCUGGUUUUGCUGAGCCUGAUGCCAGAAUGCAGCUCUUUAACUAUUUAUGUAGGAGUUGCUCAAACACCGGAGUGCAAAUCCCUACAGUGCUACUAACGGAUGUUCUAGGAUGGGGUUCUCGGAGAACCAGAGUCCAGCACUGUUUAUCAAUACACAUGAUUGAGUGCAGUCACAGUUUUAGUAGGUGUUUAAGAGCAGAGUGGAAAAUUACCCCUCUGUGUUUGGGUUUGGAGAACCUGUUUGGUUCUAAGACUAAGUUCAACACCUUAUGCCAUGUUAAGUGUUUUUGAAUUUAGUCUAACCUUGUUGGAAACUGGAGCUCUGGAUGUUUUUAGAUGUCUACCCCUGCAUGCAUACUUGAAGUUUAUUGGCCAUAACUAACUAUACAAGAGAAAUUCCCGGAUGUUACCUUUUUGUAAACUGAUCAGAAUGAGUAUGGGUUUUGAAAGACAGCUUUUUUUUUUUUUUUUUUUGGACCUGUGCCUAUAACUUGAACUAUAUUUGUUAAUGACUCAUGUUGCCUGUCCCAAGAUCCUCAUGGUGCAGUCAGAAGAGAAACAUUCACAUUGCUGUGGCUCAUGCUAAAGGAACAGUCUUGACUAUGGACCGUUUUUGUAAAUAAACUUAGCCUGUUUGUUUCUCCCCA